GUUUUACUGAAAAAAUUGUGUGUGCUGGGUGCCUAGAAUCCUAUUUGAACGUUGUUCGAUGAUUUCUUGUCCGGAAUUGCUAUUCAAAUCCUGUGAUUCAGGACGAUGGACUACAGAGCGAUGAAUGAAUCCUGCCAAUGUCCACGGUGUCGGUAUGAACUUCGUUUGCCCAAUCAGCCGAUGCCCUGCCAAGAGAAAUGUUUCCCGGAGAAAUAUCUGAUGUGUGGUUCGGAUCUACGUCCUCGCUGGCAGAACAGACCAGAUCCUCGGGAAGUUUUUCAGAAUUUUUCCCAAAGAAAUCCUCAAAUACUUUCUCAGGAAUCUGUUCAGAGUUGGAGUUUCCAGCAUCCUCAAAACUGUUUCUGUGGACAUCAACCUCCAAUGCGAGCUCUGCCCGACCAUUCUCAGCAAUUUUCCCAAGAAUAUUCUCAGCAGUGUUCGCAACAAUCUCCUUGUGUUUCUCGUUGUGGCCAACAAAAUCGACAGAACUGCUUUCAGCCGCCUUGUCCAAACUGGACCAGACCAUGUUGUUGCAUAACCCACGAAGUCGGCGUUCAAACGGACGAGAUGGACGAAUGCGAGCCCGAGUAUAUAGCGAUCACCGACAUCACCACAAAGGAGAUGAAGGUGAAGCAUCGCACCGGAAAGACGGAGACGAUCAUCGAAAAGGUUCAGUCGGUCACCCAGUUUCCCGUGACGGAAACUCAGCGCCUUGGGGAGAAUGAUUACGAACCAAAGUACGUCCAAGACAAGGAUGCAAUUCCUUAUCGAGCCAUGAGGCAUUCCGAGCUGGAGCCCUUACUGGUGUCGAUGAGGGCGGAGGUGCCAAUAACUGAAUCUAAAGAUGCAAAGGAGGAGAUCGUCUACCAGGAAUAUGAGAAGACGGAGCGCGAUUUUGAUGACCCUAAAGCCAAGGUAGAGAAGACCAUCAUCAAGGUCAAAAUUCCGGUGGACUCACCCGAAGCCGAAGAAUCGAACUCCAGCCCGCCCAGUGGUAUACCACCUCCUUCCCAACUGCCCAGCGAUAUACCACCUCCUUCCCAACUGCCCAGCGAUAUACCACCUCCUUCCCAACUGCCCAGCGAUAUACCACCGCCAUCCCAACUGCCCAGUGGUACACCACCUCCUUCCCGACUGCCUACUAGUAUAACCCCUCCUUCCCAAGUGCCAAACAAGGAUUCAUCCCAGCCAUCACUACCAACAGACAUUUCCUCAAUUUCGGAGGAAGAUCCAUCACUUGUCAAGAAUGAAGAUACAAGUAAUAUCAGUUCGACAGAUCUCGAUGUAUAUGACCAGAAGGAAUCAGUAGAGAAGGAGAUGAAUGAAGGGCAUUCCGAAUCUGACAUCGUGAGUACCGUGCAGGUAAAGGUCACCAAUAGAAAGGAGGCAUCCGUGAGGGGUCAUCAUGACCGGGAGCCCAAGAAAACAGCGAUCUUCGAGAGCAGCGUGUCCCAGGUGCUAAUAAAGAAGCCUGAGAAGAAACCGGAAGAAAAAAAACCGAAGCGACCGCCACCCAAAGUGGAAGUCAAGCUAGGCUAUCCACCAAACGACUUGGUCUGCAGAUACGCCAAUCCUCCGCGAUGCAGACCUAAAUGCGACAGCUGCAGAUGUCCUUGUCCGCCGUCCAUCUCCUGCAACCAAUGUCCUCCCUGUGCCCCCAGCACAUGCCAAUGCGAUCCCAUCUACGGUUUCGGCGGCAAGUGUGUCGGAUAUUAUUGUAUUUAAAAAUGUUCCAAAAAUACUACAAGUGACCAAUUAACUAAAACAGUUUCAAAUCACAUUACCAACAAUAAACUAUUCCAAAAAUCCAGAUACAUAAAUCACUACUUUCGAAAUAUAUGGAUGUUUUAAG